GUUAACACGUUCCUGAUGCAUAAAAAGCAAGCUCAAUUUUUCAAAAUAACCAAGAAAAGAUACCUUAAUUAUUCCAAGAUUACAAGUAGGGCUUAGGAGUUAGUACAUUUAGCUAAUGCUUAAUCCAAAAUGUAUUAAUUUGUAUUCGCUGAACUUUUGUGACGUCACAUUCGUUUCCUAUCGAUAUGUCUUCAGCGUCACCUUCUCCAACUCACUGCUUUAAGUCCUUCUCAAUCGCACUCUCUCUCGCCGUCUGUGUUUCUUGCAAACUUUUUUUUAUACGAAAUUUACCGCAAAUGCCUGGAAAUAAGAAUACAAAAACUGUGAAAGCCGUCAGUACGGCGACAAACACACGCAAAAAGCCCAUCAAGCUUAGUCUGACCGAUUUCCACGCGCUUCUAGAUCAGAAAAAAACUCCGGAAAAUGUCCAAAAGAUGAAUCCAGUAAAUGGCACCGCAGAGUCGCAAAUUUGGCAAAGCGGCCGAACUCGUUGUCGUGGCAGUUUUUGCGACAGGAAUCUCGGUGUUCCGGAGCACCGGAAUCCAGUUACCCAGGUGGAAAGAAGUCUGGUAGAAGCCCGUCAAACUCCGAAGAAGUCGAAGGAUACAGCAAAUGGCUUCAGCGAAGUUCCCAAAGAAGCCAAGAGUAGCUCUACUAAAGCAUCCAAACAUUCCGGAGAGCCAACAAAGAACGGACAUUCGGAGAAGUCCAAAGUAGUACCUAAAAAUCACAAGUUCCCCAAGAAUGGACUCUCAGCAAUUCCGGGAAAUUCGGAAACCAAUGGAUGUCUUAAUAACUCGGCAAUUACUAUACUAAAAAGACCCAAUCAGCUUGAUUCUAAACGUGGCCGUCCCAAAACCCAAGUGCGAUCCUGCCCAAGGAUUCCCACGCCUCCGAGGGAUGUACCGCCAGAGCUGAAGCCUGUGGAUUGCAUGACCUCGGCUGACUUCCGGCAUGACUACGGCGCCCAUCUGGAAAAUAUGCGAAGCCGGCUCAAGUGCCAAGAUCACAUGCGCUUCUUUGCGGAAGCCAUCCAGAAGAAUCAGCAUCUCUUCAAGGGUAGCAGCAUUCUGGUGCUCUGUUGCGGUCCCGGAACCCUGGCCCUUAUGGCCGCCAAGGCUGGCGCGAGAAGGGUUUACGCCGUAGACUAUUCCAAGGUCACUAGCUAUACGAAGUUGGUGGUGCAAGAGAAUCGCAUGGAGAAUAUCAUCGAGGUGAUUCAAGGUCGCAUAGCCGCCAUAAGGCUGCCCCAGAAGGUCGAUGGCAUCCUAUGCAACUGGAUGGGCCACUGUCUCCUAUUUGAGUCAGAGAUCCUAGAGGUCCUGGAGGCACGCGAUCGCUGGCUGAAGGAAGAUGGCUUUAUACUGCCCGAUCUGGGUUCGCUGUAUCUCGUGGGCUCCGAGGAGCGAAUGCUGAAGAACGAUCGCUGCAAUUGGUGGCUAAGUGUCUACGGAUUCAACAUGAACGCCAUGCGUCGGUAUGCCCUGGCCGAGCCCCGCUAUGCCAAGACUACCGGAAAACAGCUCCUGACUCUGGCCCAUCCCAUACUAGGCCUGGACUUGAAUACGGUCAAAAAGGAGGAUCUGUUUAUAGAUCAUCCCAUAAGGCUUCAGGUCAAAAAACAGGGUUAUCUGGAGUGCUUCCUGCUCUACUUCGAUGUGGAGUUUAGUCGCUCCCACACCCCCGUCAAGAUGAGUUGCAAUCCCUGUAUGAGAAUUCCCUACAAAUCCCUCUGGCAGCAAACCGUACUCUUUGUGGAAAAAGCAUUUGUGAUGCGCCCCAAUCGCCACUAUAUGGGAAAGCUGAAGUUCAAGCCCCUGCGGCCGGGCAGUCUCAAGGAAAUGGAAAUUCUGAUAGAGUUUUACGGGUGUGAGAACUUCGACGACGACUGGUACGGUGGCUAUUGCGAUCGUUUGGUGACCAAGCGGUGGCUCAUGCUAGAGCACUUUCAGACUGUCGAUGAGGUGGCCAGUUGCCAGGAUGAACUAGUGGAAAUUUAG